AUGUUUCUAAAUCCAGCAGCAGGAAACCGUGUGAGGAAGAGCAAACGUGACAUCUUUAAGGUCGUCCUUCAGAGACUGUUGACGCUGUGAAGGAGUUAAACCGACGCCGUCGACCCACUUUGAGCGCCGAGGCUCUGCGCUGGCCCUGAACUUUGACCUCAAACCCUCUGACAAAGAUCUGCCUGCUUGUCACCGGGUAGAAUAUCUGCUUCAAACAUCGUGACGAAUAUUUUCAGAGCGGAGUUAAUCCUCCUCCUCCUCUGCAGCCGCGGCCCUGAACCUGUAAAAGCUCAGCUGAUGGUUCUGGACCCAGAGGACCGGAUCAGGUUGUGUGUCGAUGAAUUGUCUGUUUAAAGGUCAGCGCCGCCGAGGACGGAGGACGGGCUCAGCUGCAUUAAAGGAGAAUUAAGAUAUCAGAGAGUCAAACUACGAACAGGCUGGAAACUCGUGAGCCACGCAGACGGAGAAGAUGAGGAGACCUUCAGGUGGAGAUGUGAGGGACCGAGAAUUCACCGAAAUAUCAAAACAAAGGGCGAAGAGAAAAGUGUUUUUUUGUCGACAAGAUUUGGGAGAAACAGAAAAAGUCUUCGAUCUUUGAGUUCAGCUCAUGAAAAAUGGAACAAAAACUAAAGUGUUGAGUUUAUAUUUUUAUUCUGCCGGACAGAAAAUCGAUGUUCGAGUUCGUUCUCCACCAUCGAUAACUCGACACUCCACUGAAAGUGAUCAAAGUUGAGAGAAAGAUCUCGAACAGCGACGCCACACUCUGUCAGCUGAUCGAUCAAUCACGUCAAAGUCGACUUCAUGACUCUGUGACUCUUAUCUCCUCCUGCAGGUCCCUCCUUUUACCAAAAGUCUCUGUCACCUUCGCUCUGGUUCUGAGGGUCUACCUGAGGAUCUGA